AUGGGGUUAUGUGGUAGUAAGACUGAGACCGUAUCGACAACUACUAAUACGACAAGUAAGAAGCCUCAACUUUCUCAAAGGGCCAAUAAAACAAAAAAUGCAGGAAAGAGCAAAAAAAUAGCUACUGAGUCAAAGGCUAAGACCAUUGGUAAGCCAGGUGUUAAAUUAUCAGAUGAACAUGGCACAGAAAGUCAGAAUAUAUCACCUGCAGAGGCAGCUCGACUUGCUGCUGAGAAAAGACAAAAGAAACAGAAUGAUUCUUUGACUCAAGGAGAGCUUGGGAAGAAAUUGGCAAAAGAGAGGGCAAAAACUUACAGUUCCUAUAGAAAAGACGAAUAG